AUGACGACGACGACCAGCAAGCCAGUUCCAUCCGUCAUUCGCCCGGGCAAGACACCAGAAGGUCCACCUGGCUGGGAAGAACGCAGAGUCGAAAAGCAGGUGCAGGCAGAACAAGCACAGGAGAAGCGCAAUCAUCGUCGCGAGAACUCGACCGGCAUGGCAGGUAUCAAGGAGAAGGUCCACAAGAUCGGCGAAAAGAUGCAUCUCGUAGAGCCAAAGGAUCCCAGUCAGAGGAGUGCUGCGCAGCUACAGGACGCUUCGACGAUGCCGGAACAAGCGCCAAUCGAGCAGUAG